CCUCAAGGUCUUCUGGGUAUUGUUCUGUGAACAUGGCUCUCAUGGAGGCAUUUCUUCAGGUUUCCAGCACAGGAACAUUAAUCUGCUGCUUGCUUCUGCUCUUAGCGGUUUAUCUCCUGUUCUUCCGGUCUCAGAGAGACGAAAAUGAACCUCCAGGGCCAAUACCAUUGCCACUUUUGGGAAAUCUGCCAAUGGUGGACGUCAACAAACCCUAUUUGAGCCUGUGUGAGAUGGCAAAGCAGUACGGCCCAGUUUUCACAGUCUUCUUUGGUCCAAAGAAAGUGGUUGUGUUAGCCGGCUACAAAACUGUGAAGCAAGCUCUUGUUAAUCAUGCAGAUGAAUUUGGAGACAGAGAAAUCUCGCCACUGUUCCAUGAUUUAUCUAAAGGGCAUGGUAAGAUCACCCCAGUCUGAUUUUUUUAUACUUAUUAGCAUAUGAGUUACAUACAAUGAUGCAUAGUUGCGUAACCUGCUACAAGUUUUUGGACACUUCUGGACAUUUAAGUCACACUUAUAGUAGUCUGUUAUUCACAUUUUAGAUGUCACAUUUCACAUGGAUUAGGUGAUGCUCAAUCUUUUCUCAGAACCAACUCCACUUUUCUGAACCUCUUUUUAAUGUAUUUUUA